AUGGUUUCAUCAAUGAAGCAGUACAGAGAUCAGGCCGAUGCGCCCUCGCCCCUCUCCCUCUCUCUGUCCCUGGGAGUCGUCUCCGACAGCAGCAAGAAGAUGCACCGCGGCGGCGCGGACGGUGAGUUCGUGUGCAAGACGUGCAGCCGCUCCUUCCCGUCGUUCCAGGCUCUGGGAGGACACCGGACCAGCCACCUCCGUGGCCGCCACUGCCUCGCGCUCGGCCUCGCUGCGGGGUCCGAUCAGCCGGGGACCAAGAAGACGGUGGACCAGAAGCAGGCGCACCGGUGCCACGUCUGCGGGAUCGGGUUCGAGAUGGGGCAGGCGCUUGGCGGCCACAUGCGCCGCCACCGCGAGCAGGAGGCCGCCACCACGGCGCAGGCGCCGCCCGUUCUGCUCCAGCUCUUCCUCUAG